AUGGCCGUUCUGUACUUCUUCCGCGAACCGGAAACGGUCUACGACUGUGCCAGCUUCGUCUGUGGCCUCCAGUUCAUGAUGGGUUGCAGCGGCUUCAGCGGUCGAGGAUCACAGUUCAGGAUAAGUCGUUGGCGCAGGAUUUACUCCUGGGCGGUUACAGGUCUGACAUUACUGGGUCUCUUCGGUUCCCUGAGUGUCCUUUUGGCCGUCGACGAUGUCCGAGAGCAACUAAGACAUGCAGAUAAGCUGGUCCUUAGCAUCGCUGUCCAGGAAUUGGCAUUGUCUACAUUAGUAUUUGUGGCCAGUGUCGCAUCCUUGCAAUUAUCGGCUCGCCGUCAUCUGGGCAUCUACAAGAGAUUGGCCGCCUUGGAUCUUAGGUUGAUGCGGGACUUUGGUGCUAAUCUCAACUAUAGGAAAAUGUUGAGGAAGAAUAUUGUGAUUUUGGCAUUGGUCAGUGGAUUAUACUUGGUGGCCAUCAACAGCGCCGCCUUUCAGGUGGGCAGUGGUCACAGAGUCCUCUUUCUGAUCUCAGCAUUUUGCUAUGCUGUAGUCACGGGUGGACCCCACUUUACGGGUUAUGUGCACAUGACUCUGGCCGAGUUGCUGGGCAUCCGUUUCCGGCUGCUGCAGCAGAUAUUGAAUCCUGGUUACCUAGAGUGGCGCUUUCCCCAAAAGCAAUUGAGGGAAGUGCGCAUAAGGCAGGUGGUGGCCAUGGUCCAGGAAUUGCUAAACCUUGUCCAGGAGAUCAAUGCUGUCUACGCUCUAAGCCUUUGGUCGGCCAUGGCCCAUGACCUGGCCAUGAGUACCAGUGAGCUUUACAUAUUGUUUGGACAGUCUGUGGGUAUUGGAGGAGCUGCUGGCCAGCAGGAUGAGGAGGAUGAGGAGGAGGAGCAGGGCAGCAGCUAUCGAAUGCUCGGAUAUGUGGCCCUCUGCAUGGUCACUCCACUCUACAAGCUCCUCAUUGCGCCUUUUUACUGCGAUCGAACCAUUCGCGAGGCUCAUAAAUGCCUCCGUCUUGUGGAGCAACUGGAUAAUUGGUUUCCCCAGAACCCUUCGCUUCGUCCUUUGGUCGAGUCCCUGAUGACCUGGCGAAGACAGGCCAGGAUUCAGUUCACCAGCGGCCUAGAUGUGGUUCUCAACAGAAAGGUUAUUGCUCUGUUCAUCUCGAUCCUGGUCAACUAUUUGCUUAUCCUUAUUCAGUUUGCCAUGACCCAGAAAAUGGGUGAGCAAAUCGAACAACAGAAAAUUGCAUUGCAGGAUUGGAUUGGUUAUUAA